AUGCUCACGGCGACGAAAGUGCAGGACGGCGGCGCGCCCAGGCCAGUGGAGACGAGAGAAUGCCUGCCAACAAACGACAAUGUCACCUCAAGUUUCAAUCGAAUUCUGGACCGAGCCAGGUCUGAAGACUACGUAUAUAUUCAUUACUCCGGCCACGGAACCCGGCGCAACUUUGAUGGUGCCGUCGCAAUAGAGCUGGUCAAUCCCACCACCUUCAUGCCCGAGUACCUCUACGGAACCACCUUGCGAAAUGCCAUUAAGGCAAUGAUCAGCAGAGGAUUGAGAGUCACCCUUGUCUUGGACUGCUGCUUUUCGGGAGGCGCUCUUCGAACGCGCCAAACCAAUGUUCGGUACCUCGAGCAUGACCCCGAGAUUGAUAUGCAGUCCGACUACAGCGACCCUUGGGCCAAAGGGCUUCCUGGCGAGCUGCGUAACGGAUACACCAUACUGGCCGCUUGUGGCGAUGGUGAGGUUGCUUCGGAGCUGAAAUUUGAGGGCGGCGCCAGCCGGGGGGCACUAAGCUACUUCUUGGUCGAUUCACUCACGUUACUGAGAAGACGGGGUGCCAUGGUCUCCAGUCAGACUCUCCACCAGCAUAUCCGAGCACAGUUCCAUGCUAGCCUGCUGGAGCAGACCCCGAUGCUGUACGGCAAUCAAGGGUUUUCGUUCUUUGUCGACGUCUAUCGGACAAGAGCAGACGGUCAUCUCACCCUCAGCGCCGGACAAGCUCACCGAGUACACCAGGGGGAUGAAUAUGCCUUAAGUCCAUUCGAAACCCGGGAGAACAUCAAUGUUAUGGUGUCUGCGGCCGUUAGAGGGAAGGUAGACAGCAAAAUCGCUAAGGGGGCGGCUUGGAAAGCAGUUCUGGUCACCUCUUUGUCUUCUCGCAAGAUUCGUAUAAGCUUAGGACCAGAUGUACCGGACAGGAACGAAUUAAUACACGCGUCAUCAUCCUACAACUUUCUCGUCCUCUCUGGCAACACGGAAGCCAGCGAUAUGGGGAACUCGAAUCUUGCCGAGCAUCCCCUCUAUUUGGCAAUCUUCAUUUUCACUCAGCUCUGGGAGGUCCGUAAUUUGGCGUCGGAAAGUGGAGAAGAUACGUACCUGCCAGUGGAGCCCAGAGACGGCAGAAAUGUGGGAAGCCUGGAGCUUCCUCUUACUAUGUGGGUCCCAAAAGAGCUGCAGGACGAGGGGAAUCGAUGGACAGAGGAUACGAUUAAGAUUCUUGUCACCAGGCAGCCGUCUACAUUCCCAGGACGGGUGCUUCUUCCACUUAGUCACGAUUCUCAGCGGGGUGGUGAGCCAGAUCCACUGUCAACAAUACUUCAGGUGUUGAGAGGCGAUUCGUCCAGGGACGGGGCCAAUGGCCCAUUUGAAUGGACGACUCGGACAUUCCUCAUACGUACGCACAGUGAAAACUCUGUGUAA